AUGUCUAAGUAUAUUGCUAUCGCCCGUGAAGUAGUUUCUUCUCACAAGUUUGUUCAAUUGAGUGCGGGAUGGUGUCCUGAUUGUGUAUAUUCCAAUUCCAUAUGGAAGAAAUUCGGCGUUACGGACAAGAUCUUCAAUUAUGAUAUUGCUGAAGUGACUAACAGUAGAUCCGAAUGGAAUGAAAUCAGAGAUGCAUUUCAAAAGGCCACUGGCUCAAGAAACUUGCCAACUUUGUACGUUGAUGGUAAGGUUUGGGGUACUGAAUCAGAGUUAGCGAGAUUUGAAAGGAAUGGUACUUUGAAAGAAGAGUUACAGAAGAUCGGACUGGUAGAUUAG